UGCCUUUAAGAAACACAUAAAAAAGUAAUCAAAGCUGUGAAAUUUAACCUGUCCAAUUUUAGAUACAUUCGAAACUAUAUAUAUAUAUAUAUAUAGUUUCGUAUAUUAAACUGGACGUACAACAGGAAUGUGUACGCCUCAUUCGAAAGUGAAAGCUCCACACAGUUUGUAUAACACAGCAUAGACUUCAGUGAGUGUGCAGAAUACAAGAAGUCUUUCAGGCUUUGAAACGGUGAAACCCAGAAGAAACAAAACAACGAGACAUCUCAAAGUUUGAUUAGUAAGCUCAAAGUUAAGGAAGAUCAAAGCACUAGAAAUGGCUCUGUCUGGCAUGCUGUACUGGGCUAUUGGAAUAGCUGCAAUCCAAGCGGUCUACUGCCAAGACAAUUUUAUUAAAGUGGAAUGCGAUCCUGAAAACCAGGGGGUAUAUAGCCAGCAGGCAGUGCUGAAUUGCAAAGUGGUGUCUAUCAAGAAAGGCUUCCAAAUUAUCAAAAUGAUUUGGUGCAAAGUGGAGGCUGACAAAUGUGUUGGUAAAACAAUGCUGACGUUUGAAAACGGGAAAUGGUCAGCUGAAGAUGCACGUUUCUCUAGUGGCGCACUGGAGUGGAAUGAGAAGGAGCUGAGUGUGUCACUGCUGGUGCAGAAAACCCAGGUGUCUGAUCAAGGGAGCUAUCGAUUCUUGAUAAGCACUGACAUUGGCUAUGAUAAAGGAAACACCUACCUUAGGGUUACAGCUCCCUAUUCAGUGCCUGUAAUAAGUUCAGUACCAGGGAUCAACAUAGAGGAUUCAAUGCCAGUGACCCUGACUUGCAAUGCAUCAGGGGGUUACCCACCAGGACAGAUCCACUGGUUUGAACAGUUAUCCAACAGGACAAAUAGUUCUGCAUUAAGCACCAUACCCACUCAAGAUGGACGCUUCAACUUGAGCAGCGUCUUCACCAUGACAGCGUCCUCCUCCAUGGCUCUAUAUAAAUGUGUUGUCGUCAACGACAAGAUGGACAAACAAUGGGCAGAAUAUCAGCUGGCAAUUGGUCCAGAGAAGCAGGAAGGAACGAAGAACGCCACGGCCAUAACCGCUGUUUUUAUCGUGGUCGGCGCCCUAGCCGCCGGCAUUCUGAUUUUAUAUAUUUAUCGGAGACAAUCACGAGCUGGAGCUCGAAGGGAAUCUAUGUUCCCCAUCAUGGGUAACACUUGGUUUCAAGCACAGCAAGAGGAAAAAGAUGAACAUGAAAAGACCAUGGAGGAGGGGGAAGCCACAGGUUAACAUGCAGCCAGCUCCAGACUAACUGCAAGGACGUGUCUGCCUCUCUGCACACUACCAUAAUCAGGACUAAUGCCACCAUUCAUACAGCACACAAGGGCCCAUACAUAAAAGCUAUUGUGGAUUUAACAAUGUGCUGCUCUAUAUUAGCAACUUUCUUCGGUCAGAAGCUGAUCGCUGAAACAAUCACGUGUGUAUGGAUGCAGUCUUUAAGCGCAAAUGCUGUUACAAAUGCUGUUGAUUUAACAACCUCACCCAUGAAAGAUACUGAAGAUGCAAUUUCUUUUCUGCAAAUACAAUAUGUUAACAGAAAACACUUUAUAUAUAUAUAUAUAUGUAUGUAGUGCACAAAUUGUGUACUUUUUCACCAAAAAUGUAGCUACUCGUGAAAUGGGCUGUGAAAUUUCGUGUUCCUGUGGGUUUUAGCCUUAUAGUCAAAGGUCUCUGGGUCACCUGAACUAAGCCUCCUGUUUCUAUUAGAUGUUAUGAAUCUAGUAUCAUGAUAUAUUUGUGUGUUUGUUCAUCCCUAGCUAGAGUACAUUCAGUGAUUGUUGAUAAAGAGUUUUACUAACUUAGUUUUAGUCUUACAUGUACAUGUUGUAUUUUGUAUGCACCUAGGUUUUUUUUUUUUUUUUUUUUAAAGCUCUCGUUAACCAGGCUCCGAUUAACAGCAAUUGCGGUACUAUUAAGGAGUAACUAUGUAUUAAGGGCUCCCGAGUGGCGCAUCCAGUAAAGUCGCUCUGCGUGGGGUGCAGGAUGAGGUGCGACGACUAAAUUUAAAAAAAAAAAAAAAAAAAUAGUAACUGUAUUGUCAAAAAAUUAUUUAACUACUAAGCCUUAAUGAAUGACAUGGAAUCAGAAAUUAUUUUUUAAUAAUUUGUUUUAUGUACUGUGUAUUCAAUAAAAAAAACAAACACAAAAAAAUCUAA